GGCCGCCUGGCUCGCCGGCCGCUCGCGCGCUGGCCUGGCCGGGGCCCGCAGCCAUGGAGGACUUUAUCGUCAUCUCGGACGACAGCGGCUCCGAGAGCUCCGGGGGGACCCGCUCGGGCCGGGCGCGGAGGCUCCGCCGGGCCCUGUCCCGGACCCCCGGCGCGCUGCCCCGCCGGACCGUGGACUUCAUUGACUUAACUAGAGAAGCCAGACCAAGGGCAAAGGAUCGCAGUGGACUCUGUGUGAUCGACCUGACGAGAACUGAAGAAGAAAGCAGACCUAUUGCCACUCUCGAUUUGACUUUAGAACCCGUCACUCCUUCCCAGAAGGAGCCCACCAGUGUUCAGACGUGUCCCAGCCUCUCCAGCAAAGACGUAACGGAAGGACGAGUGGACAGGAGCUCUCGACCUGCGGCACGGAGAAUCGUUAACAGUGAUCCCGUGGAUUUGGACUUGUUGGAAGACAACACAUAUGAGGGUCCCCAACCCCCUACAGCCAUAAGCGGGGACUCUGUUUACCCAGCAGAGCCGAACUGUAGCACACCCAUGUUCAAAGGUGACCUCAACUUCUUGGCAAGGUUACAGCUGUCUUCAGAUGUCAGCUCCCUCUCCCCAGCAAGCAAUAAUGGCAGCAGCAGCAGCAGCCGCCAGAGGGCACCCUUGCCAUGUCCACAGCAAGAUGUGCCUUGCCCACUACAAGCCUUGCCGUGCCCACUGCGAGCCUUGCCAUGUCCUCUGAGAGCCUCUCCAUGUCCACCACGAGCCUCCUCGUGUCCACCACGAGCCUUGUCAUGCCCGCCACACACCGUGCAGUGCCAGCUGCAAGCUUUGCCUCAUCCACCUCAAGAAGUGCCAUGCCCUCCUCAAGAUGUGCGGUGCCCUCAGCAGAAUAUGCCAGCCUCACCUCAAGACACACUGUGGCAUCCUCAGCACUUAGCACAUCCACCUCAAGACUCUCUGGGCCUACCUCGAGAUGCACCAGGCCCACCGCAAAACACACUAUACCCACCAGAUGCGGCACAGCUGCAAGACAUGCCACAGCUACCAGGAGACAUGUUGCAGUCACCAGGAGAUGCACCACAGUCACCAGGCAACGUGCCACUGUCACCGAGGGAUGUGCCACCAUCACCAGGAGAUGCACCACAGACACCAGGGAACGUGCCACAGUCACUAGGUGAUGUGCCACAGUCACUAGGUGAUGUGCCACAGUCACCAGGAGAUGUGCCACAGUCACCAGGAGAUGCACCACAGACACCAGGGAACUUGCCACAGUCACCAGGAGAUGUGCCAUACCUACCGGGAGAUGUGCCAUACCUACCGGGAGAUGUGCUGCGUUCACCUGGGGACAUGCCAUGCUCCUCAGAGGACAUGCCAUGCUCUCCUGGGGACACACCUCACUUACCGAGAGACAGGCCUGACUCCCCCCAGAAUGAUGUGCAGAACAUUAACACUCCCAUGGAUAUCUCAAACCCAUCCUCUCCGAGCUGCUCUCCCAGCCCGCAGUCUCCACAAUCCGAAUCUUCCUUAGAGAAGGUUCCUUGGCUCUCUGUCAUGGAAACCCCAGCCAGAAAAGAGAUAUCACUGUCAGAGCCAGCGAACCCCGGGCCUGCCCAGGUACAAGCACGGACACCACAAGGUGGGCUGUACAGCAGACCGUGCCUGCAUCGGCUGAAGUACUUCCUCCGACCUCCGGUUCAUCACCUCUUCUUCCAGACACUAAUACCAGAUAAAGAUACAAGAGAGAACAAAGGUCAAAAAUUAGAACCCAUCCCUCAUCGAAGACUAAGAAUGGUGACAAACACCAUUGAAGAAAACUUUCCCCUGGGGACCGUGCAGUUUUUGAUGGACUUUGUGUCACCCCAGCAUUACCCACCCAGAGAAAUCGUGGCUCACAUCAUCCAGAAAAUCCUGCUCAGUGGCUCUGAGACUGUGGAUGUCCUAAAGGAAGCCUACAUGCUUCUCAUGAAAAUUCAACAGCUACAUCCAGCCAAUGCCAAGACAGUGGAGUGGGACUGGAAACUGCUCACCUAUGUCAUGGAGGAAGAGGGGCAGACUCUGCCUGGCCGGGUCCUUUUCCUGCGUUACGUAGUGCAGACCCUGGAAGACGACUUCCAGCAGACCCUGAGGCGGCAGCGGCAGCACCUGCAGCAGUCCAUCGCAAACACCGUGCUGUCCUGCGACAGGCAGCCCCACAAUGUCAGGUACCCACCUGCUGCGGGAGAGACCCAGCCUGACAUGGCCACUCCUGACGUAGGAAUCGGGAACCCUCCAGAAGGCCAGAGGGUGGCUCCUUGCAAGACCCUCCCACCCACCUGUGUCCUGUGUUCUGGACUCAGGAUUGUGUGCCAGCUUCAGAGGAUGCUAUCCAUAGCCGUGGAGGUGGACAGGACCCCCACCUGCAGCUCCAAUAAAAUUGCUGAGAUGAUGUUUGGAUUUGUGCUGGACAUUCCUGAGAGGAGUCAGAGAGAGAUGUUCUUUACUACCAUGGAGAGCCACCUUCUGCGCUGCAAAGUGCUAGAAAUCAUAUUCCUGCACAGCUGCGAGACGCCCACGCGCUUGCCCUUGUCUCUGGCCCAGGCCCUCUACUUUCUGAACAACUCCACGUCUCUGCUCAAGUGUCAGUCGGAUAAAACGCAGUGGCAGACUUGGGACGAACUGGUUGAGCAUCUGCAGUUUCUGUUGUCUAGUUACCAACAUGUCCUAAGAGAGCACUUGCGGAGUUCAGUGAUUGAUCGAAAAGACUUAAUAAUCAAAAGGAUUAAGCCAAAGCCCCAGCAGGGAGACGACAUCACAGUGGUGGACGUGGAGAAGCAAAUCGAGGCCUUCCGCAGCCGCCUGGUCCAGAUGCUGGGGGAGCCGCUCGUCCCCCAACUCCAAGACAAAGUGCACUUGCUGAAGCUGCUCCUCUUCUACGCCGCGGACUUGAACCCUGACGCGGAGCCUUCUCAAAAGAACUGGGGCAGCUCCUGAGGGCCUUCUACGCACUGGACACCAAGAAUACCUCCUGGACUCUGUCUCCAACUACUUAGAAGCUCUAAAAGUAUGAAAAGUAGUUAA